CACGGAAGUAAUGGUUGCCGCUCACGCUGAUUCUGCCAAAUGAUCCACCUGAGGAUUGAAUCAAGUCUCUAAAGAGAUGUCCGCUCCUCCUCCACAAGAUCUGGUCAAACAAUGGGAAAGUGAGCAGGCCCUCCUCAGGCAGCAAGUGGUGGAGGAUGACACCGAGGACUGGCAGAAGAGCCCGGACUUCUCAGGCCUGGAGAGAGUCGGUGGGGUGGACCUCUCCUUUAUCAAAGGGGAUGAUGUCAACGCUUGCGCCCAGCUCGUCGUCCUCAGCUACCCUGACCUGGAGGUGCUGUACGAGGACAGUAAGAUGGUGACGCUGACGGCUCCCUACAUAGCUGGUUUCCUGGCCUUCAGAGAAACUCCUUUCCUCCUGGAGGCGUUGGAGCGGCUGAAGAAGAACCAGCCCACACUUAUGCCACAGGUGGUGUUUGUGGAUGGAAAUGGUCUCUUCCACUACAGAGAGUUCGGCCUGGCGUGUCAUCUGGGAGUGCAGUCGGGGCUUCCUUGUGUGGGCGUGGCCAAGAACCUGCUCCAGGUGCAGGGCGUGUGCAAGAGCGACGAGCACCAAUCACAAAUCGCUGCUCUGCAAAGAGGAGGAGACAGCUUCCCACUCACAGCCGCCUCAGGCAAAGUGCUUGGAAAGGCGCUGCGAAGCUCCGACAAGAGCUCUAAGCCGGUCUACGUGUCUGUCGGCCACAAGAUCAGUCUGGACACGGCCGUCCGCCUCACGCACUCCUGCUGUCGCUACAGAGUACCUGAGCCCAUCAGACAGGCUGACUGCCGUUCCAGAGAAUACCUUCGUGUGUGCUUCCCAACUGCAAAUACGUGACACAAAGAAUGAGGUUACAAAAGAUGCAGCAAAGGAUCUCAAGAUAAAGACCAACAAUAACAACAACAGAGGACUCCUUUAAAACUCCUUUACUGUGUUUGCAGUAAAUUUUAAAAGCACUGCUGUUUUUGUCUGGGCCAGAAAGAAGCCAUCAGAUUAAGCGGCACUUUUUAUGCACUUGCCCCAUAUUUAAACCGGAUAUGGGUCAGACUGCUUCUUUUUAUAUACUGUUCCCAUUAAAUUUUUGGGUCACUCAGCUUUUUACACUGGGAGCCUUGUAAAUAAAUCAUAAAUGUCCCUGAACUGCCA